GCAAGCGCUCUUCUCCACCAGAGCUGCUUUGGCCAAGAACCGUUUCUUCCCGCCCAAAGCAUUGCAUGUUGCUCUAUGAAAAACCAGCUGUUCCUGAGCCCCAAAGAUGUAUUUACGCCCCUCUGGCCCCUGGAGGUGGCAGGCUGUUCUGUGCCACAGGUCAGGGUCACUUCUGAGCCCUGCUGGUGUCUCCGCAGGUUGUGAAGUACCCCGAGUACCUGGAUCUUCGCCCGUACAUGUCCCAGGCAGAGGGAGAACCCCUCCAUUACUCCUUGUAUGCUGUCCUGGUGCACAGUGGGCUCACCUGCCAAGGAGGCCACUAUUUCUGCUACACAAAGGCCAGCAACGGGCUGUGGUACCAGAUGGAUGAUGAGUCUGUGGAGCUCCGUUGCCUUGACACAGCGCUCAAGCAGCAAGCCUACCUGCUGUUCUAUGCCAGAUGCUCUGAUCUGAAGAUUGGAGAAAGAGCUUCUUCCUCGCUGGCUCCACCAUAUGCCCCUUCCUGCCUUCCUCAGUGGGCAGCCAGCAGCAAGCAGGUGGCUUCUGUUGGCCCACAGGAUUUGCCUGGCAGCACAGAGGUAACUCUGGGGAGGAGGGUCAGGGCACCAGAGGAGCAGAGGAUCUCUUUCUAGGAUCUCAGCAUUUCUCCUUUUCUCCUCCCACCCUGCAGCAGCACUCUUUACAGCCACAGUGCUGCUUCCUCUCCCAGCAUCCCAGCUGGGCUGUCACGAUGCGCUCAGCACAAGCCGGGGUCGUGAUGGUUCAGUUGACCUCAGGGUGCAAAAGACAAACAGCAAGGGACUAAAGUUUUCUUCAACAGCAACAGAAAUGCACUUUAUUGGGUGCCAACAACUCAGUUUUUGCAAUAGAGGGGAGAGAUAUAAAGGAAACAUAGUAAAUGGAGAGAGAGAGAAAAAGGGGAUUGGGGAAUAGCUACCAACAGUGGGGAUGUGUUCCCAUGAUCAAGCAAUAGACACAAAGGUCCUCGUGGUCCUGCCAAUAAAUGUGUGUUCUGAGGGGAGAUCUGAAAGUCUCUCCAGGAAAGUCACAUUUUGUAAUCCUUUUCCAAAGCAAGUGGCCUCUUGA